AUGAACUUCAUCAUUAAGAAUACCUGGGACAGCUUACCUGUCCGUCACGAGCCGGUAAAGAUUCGCUUCUCUCCUGGAGAUGGUGGCAUGCUGAUGGAGGUGUCCGCUCCCCUUUUUAACGAUCCUGCUGCUCCUUCUGGUCCCCCAGGACAACCUUUCCCCGGACUCUGGAACUAUGAAGUUGUUGAAUCCUUCUUCUUGAACAGCACCAAUGAGAAAUAUUUGGAGGUUGAGGUUUGUCCUCACGGGCAGCAUUUGAUCCUCCUGCUCUCUGGUAAACAUAACGCAUUUAUGCAAGCUCUCCCUCUUUCGUUCAGCGCUACGAUAAACCGUGACAGAUGGAAGGGAGAAGCGCUUUUGCCAUGGCGAUAUUUCCCCCCAGGCGUCAAUAAAAUGAACUCCUACGCCAUCCAUGGGUCUGGAUCAGAAAGAACCUAUGAGGCCCUUUACCCUGUGCCCAGGGAAGACCUGGUUGAAGGCCAAGGACCAGACUUUCACCGUCUUGAAUACUUCCAAAACUUCAGCUUGCAGAGCAUCAUGGGAGAAAGCUGGGUGCAGCCGGACUCUGACUUGUGGAAAACCGCAGAGUAA